AUGGACGCCGCUGGACUUCUCAANAAACAAGGCUGGCGCGGCCUCGGCCACUCGCUCGACGACAACAACAAGGGUCUCCGAAAACCGCUCCUCGUCAGCAAAAAAGUCGACGUGCUAGGUGUUGGCAUCAACAAGGCAGAUGUCAUUCAGGGUCAAUGGUGGUUGAAAGCGUUCGACAGCAGCUUGAAAGAUUUUGGAACUGGCAAGAGGAGUAUUCUGGCAAACGUCAAGGAUCAUGGAAUCAAGAGGGGUGGCCUGUAUGGACGGUUUGUACAGGGAGAGGGUGUCGCUGGAACGAUAGGUGUUGUCGAUCCCAAGGUUGCUGCGCUUGCAUCUGCUGUUGGUCCGACUGUGGGUGUGAAGAGGAAGGCUGGUGAUGAAGAGGACGAGGACAAGACGGAAAAGAAGAAGGCAAAGAAGGACAAGAAAGAGAAGAAGCGAUCAAAAUUUACAUCCGAGUCUUCAUCAGACGACGAAAAGAAGGCCCGCCGUGCCGCGAAAAAGGCAAAAGUGUCUCCGACCACCGACGACGACACUUCCGACGCAGUGGCCACCAAGAAGAGCAAGAGCAAGAAGGACAAAUCUUUGGAUGGUCUCCCCGAAGAUAAGCGCAAGCAAUACGAAGAACGCGCCGCAGCGAAGGGUGUCACAUUAGAACAAUAUUUCUCUCAACGACUAGCAAAGAACCUCGAAGCAAAAGAAGCCCGACGAAGCGGUACCACGACGCCUGCCACCGAACCCGCCUCCGAAGAUUCCGCAAAGGAUGACAAGAAAGAGAAGAGCAAGAAGGAUAAGAAAUCGUCAAAGAAGUGA